AUGGAUUUCUAUUCAUUAGCAGAUCUAACUUUGCAAAGAGAAUAUAUAGUGAGAUUUGUUGAAAAAAAGCCCGUAGGACGCAAAACUACUGCCACAGAAUCUCGUCGGAAGUUUACCAACUGCUUUUACUUACCAUUAAAUGAUGAGAAGCAGAAGGUAUGCAAGAAAAUGUUCCUCAAUACUUUGGGAAUUUCAGAAAAGACGUUUCGCACAGCUUUGCAAAAAUUAAAGAACACCGGUGUAGUAGAAAAAGACAGAAGAGGAGGAAGGCAAGAGGUCUAUCAUGAAAGGGAUACUCAGCUGCGAUCACUCAUUACUGAACAUAUUAACAGAUUUCCGCGUGUUGAGUCUCAUUAUUGUAGAAAAAGUAGUACAAAAGAAUAUCUCCACCAUGAUUUAUCUUUGAAAAAAAUAUAUGGUAUGUUUUUAAAGGAGUAUAACCAACCCGUAAGUAUGACACUUUAUAGAAAUGUAUUCAAAGGCAUGAAUUUAUCGUUCCAUAAACCAAAAAAAGACCAAUGCAGUUUAUGCAUGACAUACAGAGAAGGUACAAGCGAGGUGAAAGAGAAGCUGCAGAAUAAAUAUGAUGCACAUAUUAUAGAAAAAGAAGAAGUACGACGAAUUAAAAACGAAUGCAAGAAUCGAGCAAUACAAAAUAUAACCACUUGUUGUGCUUCGUUCGAUUUACAGCAAGUCAUCUAUUUGCCACAAUCCAAUGAAAGUGCUCUUUUUUAUAAAAGACGUUUGGCUAAUUAUAAUUUCACAAUUUAUGAUUUAGCCUCCAAAGACUGUAUAUGCAACUUAUGGAAUGAGACAAUCAGUAGAAGAGGUGCCUCUGAAAUUUCUACUUGUGUUUAUUAUUUCUUAACAAAUUGUGAUAGAAAGAGUGUGAAAGAAGUAUUCUUAUUUUGCGAUGGCUGCUCAGGCCAGAAUAAAAAUUCCGUGAUGGCGGCUAUGGUCUUAUACUUAAUAAAUAAUUGUGAAUCUAUUGAAGAAAUUAGUUUACGAUACUUCUGUUCGUUCCAUGGGCAAAGCGAGGGCGAUUCUGUCCAUAGCGCGAUAGCAUUUGCAAUGGCAAAGGCUGGGAACGUCUUUGUUCCAUGCCAAUUGGAGCCGAUCAUACGAUUGGCACGCAAAAAUCCAUACGAAGUCAAGGUACUCAAUUACAAUGAUUUUAAGGAUUUUAAAAAUCUUGCCUUAAAGUUAAGGUUACUUAAAUUAAAAAACGAUAACCAGACAGCCGCCCUCUUUAAAUGGACAGAUGUUAUGGAGUUAAAAGUCUCACGAAAGUCUCAAAGUAGUCUAUUUUUUAAAACGAGUCACAAGGAUAAAGAAUACAGAUCGAUAUCAAUAAAAAGACAAGAUGUUAAAUGGCUGAAGGAAGAGGUGGGACAUUUAAAUAAAUCUCAUUAUGAGAUAUCUAAAGAAAAAUAUAACGAUUUAAUUUCUAUGUGCAGGGGAGAGACCCCUUUGAUAAGAUGCCGGGAAUAUCAAACUUAUUAUGAAAUCCUACCACAUCAAUAA